AAAAAUAGAAUUGCUGAAGAAAUUUGAAGAAUUGUUCUAACAAAUGGUGGAUUAAUUGAAAGACUUACUAUUUCUUAUAAAAUAAGUUGAUUUCGAAGCACCUAACUUUGAAGAACUAUAUUAGACUGAUGCUGAAUAUUUCAGUGAGACUGUAUACAGAGAUAUUAAGGUAUUUUUAUAUGGUUAUUAAAUAGCAUUUAGAACAACAACACUAUGAUUUAAUUUACACAUCUAGUUUAAGAUUUUUAUCAAAUGUUUUAGGAUGUCUUGAAUUUAAUUUCGAAAUUGAUAUUUAUGAAUUCGAUAUUCGGAGUUGGGCAUAAUAGGGAUUAGAUCAUAUUCUAAAAUUUAGUGGAUUAAGAAGAUCAUUUCGUUAACCAAUUAGUUGUUGUUAAAGAUAUUGUAAAUGCAUAUCUAAUUUGUUUAAAAGCAAUAGACAAAGACGAUGAACAAUUCAGCAAUUAAUAAUAUAAUCGAUUAUUUGUACUGAAUAUGAUUAAAUUUAUGUAGC